GAGACGACAGUGCGCGCGUCAAAGGAGGUGGGAUUUCCUCUCCUCCUUAAACAUCAUUCUACUCCUCCUAGAUAUGUAUCGGCGUGCGGUGCACCUGUUUUAUGUUUGAUUUGGGUCAACUGCUGCUGAAAUGCUCUAUUUGCUACCACUAUUAUCAAUAGCCAAACGAAAGGUUUAAACGACCUAUUCGGUGGUUCCCGAGAGACCUCGAUUCAGUGUGAUUUAGGUAGAGGAUGUGUUGAUUUUUCUCUUUCGGGGUGCAGCAGUGAGACAGCAUUUUUCCCGGCUGACACAUCAUAAUCAGUAGGCUACGAGUGGACAAGCCCCGUAGGACACCAUGUCGGACAAAAGUGACCUAAAAGCAGAGCUGGAGCGUAAGAAGCAGCGCCUCGCCCAAAUCAGGCAGGAAAAAAAGAUAAAGGAGGAGGAGAGGAAGAAGAAAGAGGUAUGGAAAAAAUCAGAGAGCCAACAGAAGCGAGAGGCCACCCCAGAGGAUUCAGACUUAGAUCGCAAGCGCAGGGAGACUGAGGCCCUGCUACAGAGUAUCGGCAUCUCACCGGAGCCUUCACUAGUCCAUUCUUUGCAGCCUUUAAUGUUAGAUUCAUGUUAUUUUCAUUAUUUAGUCCCGACCCCUGUGUCCCCCUCCAAAUCAGUGAGCACACCCAGUGAGACGGGGAGCCAGGAUUCAACUGACGGAGGAGCAGCAGGCAGGUUUAGGUCAGGUUUCUCUAAAAACAAGUCCCAAGCACAGAGCUCAAGGACGCUGCAGUGGGACACAGACCCCUCUGUGCUGCAGCUGCAGGCUGAUUCUGAGCACGGGCGCAGGAUGCAGAGGCUGGGAGCGUCUAAGAUCACACAGGUAGACUUCCUUCCCAAAGAGGUGGUCUCUUACUGCAAAGAGACGCAGACGCCACUCACUGCCCACCUGUCUGAAGUAGAGGAGGAAGAGGAAGAUGAGGAGAUGAUGGAGGCAAAGCCAGGCCCAGAGUCGGAGCAGCAAGAUGAAGAUGACAACAGGGAAAACAAAGAAGGCUCAUUUCCAGUUCUACGGGAGCUGACAGAGGAGGAGAGGCAGCAGAUCCUGCACUCUUCUGAGUUUCAGAGUUUCUUUGACUGCAGCAUCCGGGUGAUGGAGAGAGCUCUGGCUGAAGACAGCAACAUCUUCUUUGACUACGGUGGCCGGGAGCUGGAGGACAAAGAGGGAGACUUAGGUAGUGGCUCCAGUCUGUCCUUUAGCCGACUCUUCUAUGAUGAACACUGGUCGAAACAUCGUGUGAUCACCUGCCUUGACUGGUCGCUUCAGUAUCCUGAGUUGCUGGUUGCCUCCUAUAACAAUAAUGAAGAUGCUCCUCAUGAACCAGAUGGUGUUGCCCUAGUAUGGAACAUCAAAUUUAAGAAGGCCACACCAGAGUACAUCUUUCACUGUCAGUCUCCAGUAGUAUCUGUGGGCUUUGCCAGGUUUCAUCCCAACCUGGUGGUGGGGGGCACUUACUCGGGACAGAUUGUCCUGUGGGACAACCGCAGUCACCGUCGGACCCCCGUCCAGAGGACUCCUCUGUCUGCUGCUGCACACACUCACCCAGUCUACUGUGUGAACGUGGUCGGCACCCAGAAUGCCAACAACCUGAUCACUGUGUCUACAGACGGCAGGAUGUGCUCCUGGAGUCUGGACAUGCUUUCCCAGCCACAGGAGACCAUGGAACUGGUGUACAAUAAAUCCAAACCCGUGGCGGUGACAGGCAUGGCUUUUCCCACAGGAGAUGUUAACAACUAUGUGGUUGGGAGCGAGGAGGGCACUGUGUACACUGCAUCCAGACAUGGCAGCAAGGCGGGUAUCUGUGAGAUGUUCGAGGGCCACCAGGGGCCGGUGACGGGUAUCAGCUGCCACAGUGCAGUGGGCACCGUCGACUUUUCCCACCUAUUCAUCACAUCCUCCUUCGACUGGACCGUCAAACUGUGGAGCACCAAGCAAAACAAGCCUCUGUACUCGUUUGAGGACAACGCUGACUAUGUGUAUGACGUGGCGUGGUCACCUGUUCACCCUGCGAUCUUUGCCGCCGUAGAUGGCAUGGGCCGCUUAGACCUGUGGAACCUCAACAACGACACUGAGGUACCAACUGCCAGUGUGACCAUCGAGGGUGCUUCGGCCCUCAACAGGGUCCGCUGGUCGUCAGGCGGGAAGGAGGUGGCGGUGGGCGACUCAGAAGGCCGAGUCUGGAUCUACGAUACUGGAGAGCUGUCAGUGACUCACACUGAUGACUGGGCGCGCUUCGCUCGUACCCUGAUGGAGAUUCGUGCUAACCGGGCGGACGGCGAGGAGGAGGGGCCUAUGGAGCUGGCUUCAUAGAGCAGGACUCCAAAGAGACCAGUGGGGUGUACUACAAAGCGAGAUUAGUGGUUAGCAAGGUAUGUUAAACCUAAAGCCCAAAUGUCCCAAAGGUGAUUCUUUUUAACCUGGUAGAUCGCCAUGGUAAAUGAGCUACACACCUAGAGUUUCGGAUUGAAAUUGGCUAUAAAAAAGCGACCCUUUUACUGAUCAUUAACUCUGGAAAUUGUGUCACCAUUAUGAGGUUCUCUUCGGAGGGAUUGUUUCAUAGGAUUUCCUUUGGGUUAUUACUCACAUACCAUCACAGAGCCUUAGGGGAGCAUGAGGGGGAUUUUGUUCAUAGAAAGUCCUUUCACAGCAUCAAUUGUCUGGUGG